AUGCAGUUCAGUGACUGUUCCAUGACGCCAGUGAGAGUCCGUGGAAAAAAGCGACAUCGUAAAGAUGUUAGCCAGGGCACUAGGGAAAAACGCCCAAGGCAAACUUCAACAAGAGCUAGCACCAAUUAUACCCAUUAUUCACAUGUACACUCAGACGGUACAAUCAUCAAACCAAAGCUCCGGACGCAAAGUGCCAUCCCUUCAAGAAUUUCCUUACAAACACUGCCUAUGGAAAUUCUGCAGCACAUAUUUUUCGACUGCCUGGAAAUAAAUCUACUCCGUGUGUUUCCGCAACUUGCAUGUGCGAUGUGCAACAAGCGCAUAUAUUCCUGUAUAACUAUGCUUGCCAUCUGGGAAGAACCAAGCCCAAUCUAUCAUACGCUUGAAUCAAUGGAUGAACGGGCAGGGACCUGCUUGGAACGUACACAGGGAAAAAUAUUGAAAGCGUUCCGUCCAGUUGGGUAUCGAUAUCUAUCCACAAUAGAAAAGGCGAGGCUACAAUCCCAAAUUCUCAAUUGUCGGUGGGCGACUCUUGAACUUAUCAGCUCUUGUGUUGUUAAAUGUGCCGGGCUGGAGCAACUUCUAGAAACUCGUGAUGACAACCCGCAGAUGCAUGAGCCUGAUUUGAUUCGCAUUUUAAAUUCACGAGAAAACACGUUACUGAGGUCCUAUUUACGGAUUGCCAGCGUUAGGAACAACCGCAGUCUAUGGUGGUCGCUGAACUUUCAUGUUAAGGGAAAUUUCGACCACCAUGUGCUAUUUCGAAACGUUGCGUGCAUCUUCUCCAUUCCAGAAAAAGCAAUAGACAAGAGGCCGUGGUCGCCCCGAAAAGUGGAAUUGUUCAAGUUACUUCGCCUCUUGCUCUACCAAGGAACCAGCCUAGCUCCCAGUCAGCCAUAUUCCCGAGAAGUGCUCCAUGCAGGUGUGCAUCAAGCUAUUAUUGAAAAUAAUUCAAGUAUGGUAGAACGGCUUCUUGAAUUAGAUGAGUAUUGUGUUAGUUCCGAGGCGUUCUUGUUCAACGGUAGACAGAAGAAUGCCGGCUACGAGAUCCCAUCCGAACAUUUCCUUACUGCCAUUCGCCAUUCCACAACUCUGGAUAUGAUGAAAACAUUAGUUCGUGCAAGCGCGGAGUCACUUCCAUUUGACAAUUCUGAAAUUACCGAAUGGGCGCUUGAAUGUGAGAAGUCAUCCUCUCCAUUUUGCGAAUGGCUCUUAGAGAUUAUGGUUCAGCUUCCUUACCAGAGGCGCCACUCCUCGGAACAGAUGUUUAUCUGUGGUAUGCUCAACUUGUCCGGCUUUAAUUGGAACCUGCCACCGGUGGGCGCGGGGCGGCUCCGUUAUGUGACAAAUGACCCUGCCUAUAGGCCGUACGUAGUAGCAUGGUCGGAGGAGCCAUAUCCGUGGCCUGCAGACCUGUUUAGUUACACGGACAAAGCUCCCAUAGAUCUUAGCGUUCUGCAACACUCGAAGUCAUGA